GGUCGCUGUGUUAAACAGCCGCACUUCUUAUUGCGCACCGGUCCGGCACCCCGUCCCUGAGAUACUGAGAUCCUGAGAUACUCAGUAGACAUUCCCCCGCCCCACCAAGUCCAGCUAGUCAGUUACCGGAGGGCAGGUAUUCUCCACACCCGCACCACAGGACGAAGCUGAUAAUUCCUUUUCUGUAAAUGAAAGUGAAAGGGAUUUCAAGCCAGAUUCACCAAGAAACACGAAUAAGAUUCUGGAAUAAUACAAAGGCAUUUGCAUUGCAAGAGACCUCAGCAAGAAUCAUCUGCUCUGGAUCAGCAACAAAAUGGAGGAACCUGCUUCGGAAAUGAGCCCCUCUGUGGAGCGUAAAACAAAGGCGACUGAGAGUGUCCUGAUGAAGAGAGCAGACUCCCCUGUACCCAGCUGUCUUUCCAUGAAGAGUGACAGGUCAAUGGAGCCCCCACUCGACUUCAGAGAGGGACCUUUUGCUCCAGAUCAAAUAGAGCAAAUGGAUGAAUGCAGAUCAGAUCUACAGGAUAAAUCGGGUUUAUCAUCCAUAUUGAAGUCAGUAGAGGAAAAUGCUGUGAAGUUCCUGAAGGAUGAGCUGAAGAAGAUCAUGAGGUACCUAGAUCAGAAUUACCCAGAAUCCUCUGGGCCUCAGCUGGAGGAGGACAAUGACCUGGACUGUGAUGGUCAGAUGCAGAAGACCUGUGGUAGAGAGGGAGCUCUGAAGAUCACACUGUACAUCCUGAGGACCAUGAAGCAAAAUGAUCUUGCUGACCUGCUGGACAAGAGGCAUCUUCUGUCGCAAUGUCAGCGCAGAAUCAAAUGCAACUUGACGAAGCAAUUUGAGUGUGUAUUUGAAGGGAAAGCUAAGGAAGGACAGCCAAUACUUCUCAGGGAGAUUUACACAGAACUCUACAUAACUGAAGGUGGGACUGGAGCAGUCAAUGAGGAACAUGAAGUGAGACAGAUUGAAACAGCAUCCAAGAAAAGGCGAACAGAAGAUACUACAGUCAAGUGCAAUGAUAUAUUUAAACCCUUAUGUGGGCGUGAGACACCUAUCAGAACUGUACUCACUAAAGGGGUGGCAGGUAUCGGGAAAACAGUCUCUGUGCAGAAAUUUAUUCUCGAAUGGGCAGAAGGAAAAGCAAACCAGGAUGUUCACUUCAUAUUUGCUCUUCCUUUCCGGGACCUGAAUUUGAUUAAGGGUGAAUACAGUCUGAUUGAACUGCUUCACCACUUUGUCCCAGAACUGAAAUUAUUUCAAUCCACUGAGCUGUUUAGGUACAAAGUCUUGUUCAUCUUUGAUGGCCUGGAUGAGUGUCGCCUUCCUCUGGAUUUUCACAACAAUGAGAGCUGGUUUGAUGUAACAAAGAAAACAUCACUGGAUGGGCUGUUGACUAACCUCAUCAAGGGGAAUCUGCUGCCAUCCGCUCUCCUCUGGAUAACCUCCCGGCCAGCAGCAGCCAAUCAGAUACCUGCUAAGUGUGUCCACCAGGUGACAGAGAUACGAGGGUUCAGUGAUGCCCAGAAGGAGGAGUAUUUCAAGAAGAGAUUUAAUGAUCAGAGCCUGGCCAGCAGGAUUAUCACACAUGUGAAAUCAUCAAGGAGCCUCUUCACCAUGUGCCACAUACCUGUGUUCUGCUGGAUUUCAGCCACUGUGCUUAAGAGGCUUUUUACUGAGAAUGACAGGGGAGAAAUUCCAAGGACUCUGACUGAAAUGUACACACACUUCCUGAUCUUUCAGACAAGUUUAAAAAAUGACAAGAAUAUGAAAAAACAUGAAACUAAGCUUAAGCAAAACAGCAAGCAAUUCCUUUUAAAACUUGGUAAACUUGCUUUUGACAACCUUGAGAAAGGCCAUCUCAUAUUUUAUGAGCAAGAUCUGACAGAGAAUGACAUUGAUGUCGCUGAAACUUCAGUUUACUCUGGAGUCUGCACAGAAGUCUUUAAAGAGGAGUAUGGGUUGUACCAGGAGAAGGUGUACUGCUUUGUGCAUCUGAGCAUCCAGGAGUAUCUCGCUGCUUUAUAUGUGUUUCUGUCAAACUCAUCAACUGACCUGCUGAAGACUGCAGUGGAUCAGGCAUUAGAGAGCAAGAAUGGACACUUGGACCUCUACCUCCGCUUCCUCCUGGGCCUCUCAACAGACUCCAGUAAGACUCUGUUACAAAAACUACUGGGGCCGACAGAAACCAGCUCACAUACCAUUAUGGAAACAGUCCAAUACAUCCAUCCAUCCAUUUGCCAAACCGCUUAUCCGUCAGGGUUGCGGGGAGUCUGGAGCCUAUUCCGGAAGCAAUGGGCACAAGGCAGGGAACAACCCAGGACGGGGGGCCAGUCCAUCAUAGUACCCCAAUACAUCAAGGAGAAAAUACAGGAGAAUUUAUCUCCAGAAAGGACCAUCAACCUGUUCCACUGUCUGACUGAACUGGGUGACAAUUCUCUAGUAGAGGAAGUACAAAGAUACCUGAAUUCAGGAAACAUUUCAGCAAAUGACCUCUCACCUGCACAGUACUCAGCUCUGGCCUUUGUGAUGCUGAUGUCAGAUGAGGAGCUGGAUGUGUUUGACCUGAAGAAAUACAUCAGAUCGGAUAAACAGCACUGCAGGCUGCUGCCUGUGGUCAAGAACUCCAGGACGGCUCUGCUGAACAGCUGUGACCUCAUAGAUAAACACUGUGAAGUGCUGACUUCAGCUCUAAGAUCAAACUCUUCCCCCCUGAGAGAGCUGGACCUGAGUGACAAUAACCUGGAGGAUUCAGGAGUGAAGCUGCUCUCUGCUGCACUGGAGGAUUUACACUGCAUACUGGAGAUACUGAGGCUGUCAGGCUGUAGAGUCACAGAAGAAGGCUGUUCUUCCCUGGCUUCAGCUCUGAGGUCAAACCCCUCACACCUGAGAGAGCUGGACCUGAGCUACAAUCACCCAGGAGACUCAGGAGUGAAGCUACUCUCUGCUCUACUGGUGGAUCCCAGCUGUAAACUGGAGAAGUUGCAGGUGUGCUGGUGUGAACUCACAGAGAAAUGCUGUGAGGCACUGGCUUCAGCUCUCAGAUCAAACUCCUCACCCCUGAGAGAGCUGGACCUGAGUGACAAUGACCUGCAGGACUCAGGAGUGAAGCUGCUCUCUGCUGGACUGGGGGACUUACACUGUAAACUGGAGAUACUGAGACUGUCAGGCUGUAGAGUCACAGAAGAAGGCUGUUCUUCCCUGGCUUCAGCCCUGAGGUCAAACCCCUCAUACCUGAGAGAGCUGGAUCUGAGCUACAAUCACCCAGGAGACUCAGGAGUGAAGCUGCUCUCUGCUGUACUGAAGGAUCCCAGCUGUAAACUGGAGAAGCUGCAUGUGGAUCACGGUGGAGAGUGCAGGACCAGACCAGGCUUACAGAAAUACUCCUGCCACCUGACGCUGGACCCCAACACAGCAAACAGAUUCCUGUCUCUGUCAGGGGGGAACAGGAAGGUGACACGGGGGGCAGAGCAGCCAUAUCCUGAUCAUCCAGAGAGAUUUGAUGACUGGUGCCCUCAAGUUCUGUGCAGAGAGAGUCUGACUGGCCGCUGUUACUGGGAGACUGAGUGGGAUGGAGAUGAAGGCUGGAUAGGAGUGACUUAUAAAGGGAUCGGGAGGAAAGGAGGGAGUUAUGACUGUCAGCUUGGAGACAGUGACAAGUCAUGGUGUCUGUACUGUGAUACUGUCAGUUAUUCUGUCUGGCACAAUAAUAAAGAGACUCUCAUAUCCAUAGAGCCCUCAGGCUCCCGCAGAGUAGGAGUGUAUCUGGACUGGGGGGCUGGUGCUCUGUCCUUCUACAGAGUCUCCUCUGAUGGACUGACCCCCCUGCACAGAUUCACCUCCUCAUUCACUGAGUCCCUCUAUCCAGGGUUUGGGGUUUAUAGAAACUCCUCAGUAUCACUGUGAUGUGUUGCUGGUUCUCCUGGCAAAAAGGUAAAAUCUCUGCUUUUUAACCUUUAUUAUCCUUUUUACUCUGAAAUGUACAGAACUGUGCAAAAGUCUUAGGCAGGCAAAGAAAAUGAUGUUUAGAUUAUCCUCCUGUUGGUGUAAAACUAUGAUAUGAUGCCUGUCAAAGUGUGUCAGCUUCGCCAUUUCAGAAGCUCUGCUAAAAUCAUCAGUAUUUGCAGCGACCGUCCAGUGCAGCCAUGUAUUUUUUGACUUGGCCACUAGCAGACCUCAUACAGCUAGUCAAUCUCUCACUGACUUUUUGAAUCGAUAUAUUCAAUUAUUUAAUUGAGCUUUUGGGGAAAUUUAACAAAAUCGUAGAACGGCUGAUGUGCCCCUGAAGACAAGUUUGGGAACUGAAGCGGUGUUCAUCUAGCCAUCCAACUAGAUAUCAGUAACUUUUUAGAACACAGAAAAAAUUAUUACUAGUUUUUAUUGUGUUACUUUUAAUUUGCACACAUUCUAAUAUUAAAUUGUGUUUUUUGUUCUAAGCCAAAGUACACUUGCUACCCAGAUAAACAGCUUUAAACAUUUCUUUGGACUGACUAAGACUUUUGCACAGUACUGUGUGUUUGACAAACAAUAAAUGACUGUCUUCAGUGAGCUGAAUAACAUCAAAAAUAUAGUUUCAUAGUUUUUUUCUUUGACUAAAAUGUAACUAAAUGUAAUCCUGAUUGAGGGGGGGCUUUCCCUCUCCCCUGUAUAUGUACAUUUUAUAUAUUUUUGUCCAUUUACUGUAUUCCCUCCCUGUACAAUGACAGUAAAGGCUUUCUGUUCUGUCCUA